AUGGUGAAAGUAUCUGCUCUUCUUGGAUCUACCAGAUCUGUGGCAUGCGUGGGGCUCGCAACUUUCACGGCUAAUCGCUUCUUCGCCACGAGCUGGGGCUUUGCCCUGCCGAGGCGGCCGCUGAACGAGGAAGUGAAGUUCCAAGACUUGACUGUCCGGUCAUUGCGUGAGAGGCUCCAGGCUUUGCACCUCCCCCUGUCCGGUUCUGGGGAUGUGCUGCGUCAGCGCCUGGCCGGGGCAGAGCACCGCGUGGAGGCCACAGCACUUUCGAAGAGGAGACGGCAGCGUGUCCGGUGGGCACAGGAGCAGCAAUAUUGGAACCUGAGCAGGCAAGGCUGGUACGUGAGACCUCCGCCAUCACUUGGGCGAGGUUCACGGAAUCCUCUUUGCGAGCUCGGCGAGUGUGGUGAUACCGCUUGUGCUCUCUAUCGUUUCCGUGCCGGCUGCGAAGGCGUGCGGUCAGACUUUGUGAACUUCUGUGCCGAACAGAUCGAAGACCAUUUCUGGCAAGUCAAGUCGCGCCAUGAUGAAGGGCUGGUGUACUGCACGCUGGGAUGUGGCUGUCUUUACUUUGAUUGGGAGCUGCUGGAUCGCCUUGCCACGAGUGCAAGGUUUCCCAUUGACCAGGUCUGGGUUGUGGACCGGGCCUUCUGGAAAAAUGCAACUGUCGCUUCGGAUGAGUUCAAGGCGCUCGCAGCCUUCAGCCAGUGGUUUGCAGGCACAUUCGACUUGCAUGCCUUCCGGACGGUGCGUUCUUUGAAACGCUGGUGCAGCGCCUUCUCGGGACAAUUUGGCCGGGCCCAUGUCGUCAUGGAGUGCGACAGCGUGCAGACCCAUGCGCUGACCGACGACAGCAGCUUCUGUCAAACUGUGCUACAUGAGGAGGCACUGAGCCUCCAGAUCUUCAGCCAGCGCCUGGCUCACCGCCGCCCCGGGCCGGGGCGCAGGCGCGCACCGGUCCCCGUGGCCCCUGUCCGCUGCGUCCGUCGAAGAAAAGAGGACUCGCUGGAAACUCUUCAGCGAGACCAGUGGACAAGUGGAGCCUGGAUGCCUGACUACCUGGUCGACUUCAUGCGAGAAGAUGACCAGGAGGAUCCUGCUGACUGGAUUGCCGAAGACUUGCAGCGUCGCUAUCGCUGA